AGUGAGCAUCGGCUCAAGCUCCGCAGCUUUGUUUGCAAAAAUACAUUUGUACGUGCAAGGCCAUGUUCCUGAUCCUGGCCUCUUGCUUCUUGGUCGCUGGUGGCUCGCGCAUGGCCGAGGUGCGCCAGCACAGCCAGGCGCAGGUGCGAACGGGGGCCAUGCCGCAGGUGACAAAGAGCAAUGACUGCGAUGUCGACGGAUGCGUUCCGCCGCUUCCGAUGUGGCAAUUGCCCUACUGCCGUGCCAAAUGCGCCUGGAAGACCAACUGCAGCUGGGACGGGGAUGAGGGCUGUGAGUAUCGCGGCGGCUCCUUGCUGCAGGUGCGAACGGGGGCCAUGCCGCAGGUGACAAAGAGCAAUGACUGCGAUGUCGACGGAUGCGUUCCGCCGCUUCCGAUGUGGCAAUUGCCCUACUGCCGUGCCAAAUGCGCCUGGAAGACCAACUGCAGCUGGGACGGGGAUGAGGGCUGUGAGUAUCGCGGCGGCUCCUUGCUGCAGGUGCGAACGGGGGCCAUGCCGCAGGUGACAAAGAGCAAUGACUGCGAUGUCGACGGAUGCGUUCCGCCGCUUCCGAUGUGGCAAUUGCCCUACUGCCGUGCCAAAUGCGCCUGGAAGACCAACUGCAAAUGGGACUUGGAUGAGGGCUGUGAGUGACGCGGCGGCUCCUUGCUGCAGGCUGAGGAUUCCAGGGUGCACGACUAUGUGCGAUGCAUCUACUUGGCGCCGCUGAGCAUGCCACCCAACCCAAGUGGCACC